CUUUCUCGAGAAAAAAACUAUGUAUUUUCUGCCUUUUUUAUUUCUUAUUCAUCAUGUCAUGUCUGAGUGCAACGGUGGUCCUGAACUCUGCCAAAAGCCUUAUAGCGACAUAACUUAUUUGGUUACACAUGACUCGUAUGCCUUGACGCCUCGUCUGGGUGCAACACAAGAUUACUCUAUUCUAGAUCAACUCAAUGAUGGUGUUCGGGGAAUUAAAUUAUCUGCAGUGCCUUUUUCUUCUGAUCCAAACAUCAUCCAGCUUUGCCAUACUAUCUGUGGUAUGUUAGAUGCAGGCCCAGCAACAGAUACACUCAAUGUCAUUUCGGGUUGGCUAAAAGAAAACCCUAAGGAGAUAGUGACUAUCAUGUGGAACAAUCUAUACAACAUGAAAGCAACUCAGUUUGCAAGUGCUUAUGAAGCAAGUGAUAUUAUGCCUUUUGUCUACACACGACAGAACUUGUCAGACGCAUGGCCUAAUUUACAGACCAUGAUUGAUGCAAACCAGCGCCUUGUUAAUUUCGUAGAUGCUGAAGCUGAUGUUACACAAGUUCCAUGGCUGAUGGACCAAUUCUCUCAAGUGUUUGAAACACCUUAUGAAAAUAUAGAUACCUUUAAUUGCGAAGUAGAUAGAAUAGGCCAAGAUUUGAACCCAAAAGAUCUCAUGUAUGUCGUAAACCAUUUUCUGUAUGCUUCUUUUGAGGUGGGUGCUACCAAAAUUGAAAUGCCUUCAAAAGCCAAAGCCAAUGUAACAAACGCCCAUGUAUCUUUAGCAGACCAUAUUCAAAACUGUACAAGUCAAUUCGAAAAGAAACCGAAUUUUAUCGAAGUCGAUUUUUAUUCCAUAGGUGAUAGUCUAUCGGUAGUAGCUGAAUUAAAUGGUGUGUCUGCGCAACAGUUGACAUCGAAACAAGAUACAAAGAGCGAAGGCAUGGCCAUCAUUCAUAAAACUAGCUUAUCUCCUACUGAGCAUAUUAUGAUUGAUAAUACUGUUUCUAUGGGAAACCUGUUGACACCCAAAAGUUUAUUUUACAUAGCAUCAAUGCUUACAAGCGUUCUAGUGACUUAUCUAUCAUCAGGAAAUAAAAUCUUAUCUUGA